AUGGCGGCCACCAGCGACAAUAUCUACAUCCACCACGGCAGGGGUGGUGCAGGCAAUGUGACCAACGCAUCUAUGGCGGACAAGCGACGACCCAGUCACAGCACCGAUGCACAGUCCUAUCGCCGCGAAUUUGGCGGGCGCAGAUUCAGCACAGGUGUAGGAGGAUCCGGGAACAUGUCUUCUCAGUCUGCAGUGAGACAAAACCAGCAAACCGAAGCCGAUGAAACAGCCCGGCUGCUGCAUGACAUGCAGGCUCCUGGCAUUAUGCUCCUAGAGGAUCCCUUUCAUACUGGAAGAGGUGGUGCGGCCAAUAAAUACAAGCCGAGUGACGAGGAGAUCCAAGAGGCACGCGAGAACAACGAGAACGUCCGCCGCCAGAGUCUAGCCAGCGUAGCUCAACGACGGGAAAGCCUUGCCGCGCUCAGUCAAGGUGAAAGUCCUUCGAGCAGCUGGAGUAGUCGUAGGAUGAGUGUGGUCGAUUCGGUGAAAGACUUGCUCCAAGGCAGAAGAGCGAGUAAGGCAUGA